CAAGUCUCAGUCUUUCAGUUCCACUUUUGAACCAAUCCCUUUUCGUUUCGUCCCCCCCCCCUCCGGCUUUUUUUUUUCGAACAGAAUGCUGUAUUUCAUUGGUCUUGGUCUCGGCGACGAGAAGGACAUUACCGUGCGCGGCUUGGAGGCCGUGCGCAAGUGCAAGCGUGUCUUCCUCGAAAUGUACACGAGCAUUCUGGCAACGCCAAAGGAGCGUCUUGAGGAGCUGUACGACAAGAAGAUCGAGGUGGCAGACCGCGAAACCGUCGAGAGCAACGCCGACCUCAUUCUGAACAACGCCCAUGAGGACGACGUUGCCUUCUUGGUCGUCGGCGAUCCAUUCGGCGCAACCACCCAUACCGAUAUGAUUUUGCGGGCAAAGCAACGCGGAAUCCCGUUCAGCGUCAUCCACAAUGCAUCCAUCAUGAACGCCAUCGGCUGCUGCGGAUUGCAGUUGUACAACUACGGCCAGAGCGUCUCGAUUUGCUUCUUCACCGAGACUUGGCGCCCGGACAGCUUUUACGACAAGAUUGCCUUUAACGUCAAGGGCGGUCUGCACUCGCUCUGCCUCCUCGAUAUCAAAGUCAAGGAGCCCAAUCUCGAUGCGAUGAUGCGUGGCAAGGUCGUUUACGAUCCUCCGCGCUACAUGACGGUGAACCAAGCUGUCGAGCAGCUUCUUGAAGUGUCAGACAAGAAGCGCGAUGCUGGCGAAACCCCAGUCUAUGAUCGCAAGACAAUCGCUGCUGGGCUUGCACGUGUCGGCCAGAGCGAUCAACGCAUCAUUUCUGGCACGCUGGAGGAGCUGUUGACGGCUGACUUUGGCGCGCCGUUGCACUCGCUCGUGCUCGCUGGCACGAUGCACAUUCUCGAGAUUGAGAUGCUCGCGUCUUUUGCCGUCAAUCCACAGACCUUUGUGCCGCUGCUCGAAUCUCACCGAUAAAAUGCCGACAAUGUUGUGGCCGCACGAUAGUUGUUUGGUGUUGAACAGUCACGAAAAAAAGAAUGCAUUCUCUACUUCACCUCACAAA